CACGCGAGGAGAGUGUAAUGCGCUUGCGCGGAGGAAGGGGUGUUCCGGGCAGCGCAGCGCGCCUGCGUGAACCGGCAGCGGCUGGUGACGGGGGAGGCCGUGGGCCGGUAACAGCGGCCGGGGCGCCACAGCCAGAUACAGACUAACACGGCUGCUACUCUGAAACCUAACUUUUCUUUGGAUCUGCAGUGAUACAAUCUAAUCAAAGGGAUGGUGAGAGGACAGCAGAACAAAACAUAAAGGUUUUUCCAGUGUUGCGGUGAUCAGUGUACUGCAGAAAAGAAGUAAUCCAAUGCAGAAGGUCAAAACUUUCUAGAAUAAUUCCUGUUGGACACUGAUGCAAGUCAGGUAGAUGUAUCAAUGGGAGCCUGCAGUAAGCUUUUCCUGAUCACCAUUUAAUGUGCUUUGUCAGUAAACUGGAUGGCUUCUACAGUGAGUGUGAACUUGGAUAAAGACGACGCAUUGGAUGGAAUACCACCUGUGAAGAAGCCCAGAAAACUGUUGCCAAGCCUUAAAACGAAAAAACCCCAGGAACUUGUUCUAGUAAUUGGGACAGGGAUCAGUGCAGCAGUAGCUCCUCAAGUCCCAGCACUGAAGUCUUGGAAAGGGUUAAUCCAGGCCCUGCUGGAUGCUGCUAUUGACUUUGAUCUUCUUGAAGAGGAGGAGAGCAGAAAGUUUCAGAAAGGUCUCCAAGAAGAUAAGAACCUUGUUCAUGUUGCCCAUGACCUUAUCCAGAAACUAUCUCCGCGCACUAGCAAUGUCCGCUCCACAUUUUUCAAAGACUGUUUAUACGAGGUGUUUGAUGACCUGGAGUCCAAGAUGGAAGAUUCUGGGAAACAACUGCUUCAGUCUGUGCUUCGCUUAAUGGAAAAUGGAGCACUCGUAUUAACCACAAACUUUGAUAACCUGCUGGAACUGUAUGCAGCAGACCAAGGGAAACAGCUUGAAUCUCUUGACCUUACUGAUGAAAAAAGGGUGCUGGAGUGGGCGCAAGAAAAAAGGAGGCUCAGUGUCUUGCAUAUCCAUGGAGUCUACACAAACCCUAGUGGAAUAGUGCUUCAUCCAGCUGGGUAUCAGAAUGUGCUGCGCAAUACAGAGGUUAUGGGGGAGAUCCAGAAGCUGUAUGAAAACAAAUCCUUCUUGUUCCUGGGCUGUGGCAGGACUGUUGAUGACACCACGUUUCAGGCCCUUUUCCUAGAAUCUGUGAAGCGCAAGUCGGACCUGGAACACUUCAUGCUUGUGCAGAGGGGAGAUGUGGAUGAGUUUAAGAAGCUCCGUGAAAACAUGCUGGAUAAAGGGAUUAAAGUCAUUUCAUAUGGAAAUGAAUACGCAGACUUACCUGACUACUUUGAGAGGCUAACAAGUGAGAUCUCCGUGCGGGAUCGAACAGGUCUGCCUAGAGAAGGACAGCUAAAUGGCUCUUCUACAGCCCACACUGAAAUCAAAGGUAUGGAGCUUACUCUUGAAGCUCAAGAGAUAUCAUGGCAAAACUGAUCAUCCAUUUGCCUAACCUGUGGGGCAGCUCUGGAGGCAUAUGUCCAGAGGGGGGUAUCCCUCUCCCAAAGGUGCUAAAGGUAACUGCUGCUUGUGCAUGGAGGAAUGAGUAGUAGCAGCUUUUAGAUGUGCCAGUAAUGCUGGAUCUGAAAACACUAAUUCAAAACCAACCAUCUAUCUUCAACUGGCUGACUUUGGAGGGGUGGAAUUGAAAGCAGAUUUUACUGAAGGUUAGCCAGGAACACAGAUCAAAAAGCAGCUUAAAGGCUGCUUGCACCUAGUCACAAAUUAACACUUAACACAGAACGGAGCAUAUGCUACUCUUCCUCUUCUGGGGGCUACAGCUGAUCACUGGUACUGGUAGGAUCAAAAUUAGCACUAUGGGGUGCUGUGAGCAGUUUAAUUAGGAUGAAUUAAAUACUGUCCUAGACUUGUGUGAAAGGAUAUUUUAACUUUACAGAGGGUGCAGCACCUGAGCAUCUACCCUUGCAGCUCAACUGACUGUGCUACUGGUUAAUCUGAGUUAAAGACCCUGGCACCUGUUGCACAGGCCUGUGAAUCUCAAAGUCAGAAGAAUCUCACCUUUUUAAUAGCUAGUUCUUAAGCAGCUGUGAUCCUGCCACUCUAAAACCAGAAACUAGAAAACCAGAAGCUAGAAACUACCAGACUUCAUGGAGUCCCAGUUGGAAGGUCCUGGCUGAUGAAGACUGCUUGUAGUUUACACAGCAGCUGUGAUAUCCUGUCUCUCAAGGUUGCAGAAUCUGCAAGGGGAGUUUUUCUCCCUCUGAACAGCAGCAGCUGUGGCAGUUUCAGACCUUGUACUUCUGUAUUCUGUACAUUUCAAUGAAAUGAAACUUGAGCAGUUAUUACUUGAAGCUCUAGUUUUCUAGUCCUUUCUUUAUACUGUACAGCAUUUUGUAUGUGGAAGGUGUAUUAAAAGCCUGCUUUACUUA